AUGGAUGAUAUCCUCAUCACUGGGAGUUCUACAACAGAGAUUACUGCUCUUAUUUCCCCUCUGAAUUCCAAGUUCUCUCUCAAGGAUCUUGGUCCUUUGAAAUAUUUUCUUGGGAUUCAAGUGCAGUCUACCUCGAAUGGGAUUAUCUUGACUCAGCAGAAAUACAUCACAGAUGUGCUAUGUAGAGCCAAAAUGCAGUAUGCUAAUCCUUUACCAACACCUAUGACAGGUGGGGAAAAACUCUCAACUCAGGGAUGUGAUCCUAUUCAAUCUCCACAACUCUAUAGAAGUCUGGUAGGUGCUCUUCAAUAUGUUACUAUCACUAGACCUGAAAUAGCUUAUGCAGUCAACAUAAUCCUGAUGACAGGAGGUCCACUUCAGGAUUCUGUGUUUAUCUCGGCAACAACCUUGUCAACUGGUCCUCCAAGAAACAAUAGACUGUUUCAAGGUCUAGUAUAG